CGAUGAAGGUUGGCUAGAAAAGUUUGCUGUGUCUCGUUCUGGAAUACUUAACCACGAAAUAACAACCCAACAUGACACAUUCCUAAGAUGUUACCAUAACAACCAACACUAUGGGUUAGAGAGAGAGUCAACACCACCUGUAUCCAUGACAACCUCUAAGGGAGGAUUUCUUUUAAUAUACAAAAAGUUCUAAAUUCUCCAUCAUAAUGGAUGGAAAUCCCCAGGCACUCAAGGAUGUCAUGGGAAACAUCCAGUCCCAGCUGGAGAGGGGGCUCCGAAUGGGAAACCCCAAUGCCCAAAAAGCUGCUAUAGCCAACCUCAAGAGACGAGAUCAGACUCUGAGGAUCAAAUUGGAAUAUAAUGGAGAGAAAAGGAGUAUUUACAUGGCUCGCCCGGUGACCUAUGAUAACCUGCGAUGUAAAGUGCGGGAGAUGCACAGUAUGGACAUGAACAUGUUCUUCACACAGGCCAAUGGGGAGAUGCGAGUACCAAUCCAAAAGCAGACUGACCUAGAGACUGCCAUCAGCCUAGUCGACCAGAACAACAAGAUCACAAGUCUUCGUAUCUUCCUUACUAUGCCCACAUCCCCUGACAACCGUGAUACUAUGUCCUCCAGGUAUGGGCCACCUUCAGUUGCCGAUAGUGCCUACGGAUCACAGUCAUACCGUGAGUCUCCUAGUCCUCCACCAGGGUCAUUACCUCAUAAUUAUAACCACAGUGUCUCGUGUGGGUCCAUUCACAGUGAAGGCGAGUUUAUUCCGGAGGAUGAGUCUGUUGGCGUGUAUAACAGCCCAGAAGGUUCCCUCACUCACUCAGAUAGUCAUACAUCACUCGACAGUAGUUACCUAAGCAAUCACGGCGAUACAUAUCCGUUUAGAAUGAGAUCACAUUCCAGACGAAGUAUUUCAUCUGAUUCAUUUAAAGAUGACCGUGUAACUGAUUAUAAACCUGUGAAGUCGGGGACAUUUCCAAGAGGAUUUGAUGUUUCACAUGCUCCUGACCUUGAUGGCAGGAUGACCUUUCCGAGGUCAGGGAAUAUGUCAGGUCGAAGGCCAGACAUUGGUUCCAGUAAUUUUCAGAGUCGGUCCACUAUAUCUCGGGGAAGUGAAGGAACACUUAGCACAAGUAGUAGUAGUAGUGGCCUACCCCCUGACCCUGAUAUGGACUCACCUGAGGGGAGACUCAAACGUGGAAAUGACUUGGAUAGUCCCAUAUAUAAUUAUUCAGAUUUAUCAUUUUCUAAGUCUCCACGAGCACCUAGUAACUGGAAGAAAGGUCAUCAAUUAGGGUCAGGUUCUUUUGGCGAGGUGUUUGUAUGUUAUGACAAAGACUCUGGUCGAGAGCUUGCAGUCAAACAAGUCAGCUUAACACAAAUGAAUGCAGAAUUAUCAAAGGAGGUGCGAGCAUUAGAAAAUGAGAUCCAGUUAUUACGCAAUUUUCAACAUGAGCGAAUUGUGUCAUACUUCGGCUGUCAUCAAGAUCAAAAUCUUCUCUCCAUCUUCAUGGAAUACAUGCCUGGAGGUUCAAUUAAAGAUGAGCUGUCCAAGUAUGGACCUUUAACGGAAAGCGUGACUCGGAAGUAUACACGUCAGAUGCUUGAGGGGCUUGCCUUCCUUCAUAAAAAUGUCAUUGUACAUAGAGAUAUUAAAGCUGCCAAUGUAUUACGAGAUUUGCAAGGAAAUAUCAAAUUAGCAGAUUUUGGGGCCAGUAAGCGGCUCCACACCAUAUGUAGUGCUACUGGUUUCAAGUCGUUUGUGGGAACACCUCACUAUAUGGCACCAGAAGUGAUAAAUGGAGAGGGAUAUGGCCGAAAGGCUGAUGUGUGGAGCCUGGGCUGUACAGUGGUAGAAAUGAUAUCAGGAAAACCACCAUGGUCAGAGUUGGAAUCCAUGGCAGCCAUUUAUAAAAUCGCCACCGCAGAGCGACCAGAAUUUGAACUUCCUCAAAGAACAUCAGAAUUCAGUCGUGAAUUUCUACGUUUGACAUUUAGACGAAAUCCACUUGAACGACCAAGUUCGGAAGACUUGUUACGGCAUCGCUUUACAGCUGGCUGAUAACAAUUAUUACAACAGUCGAACACUGUCUAUCAGGGACAGAUAACUCCCUCCAGAAAACCGGUUCAUGCCUUGAUACCAUCCGCUUGUGCACAUCUCUGUAACAGCUCAGUUGUGGUUGUUUUUCAACUACUUGGACGGAAAGUUUCGAAUUCUUUAUCAUCCAAAGAUGUGUUUUUUUUGUGCUGACAACCACUACUUGGAAAUGAACGCCAUGCCCAUUGAAGUCUUUCAUCUUUUUUAAAAGAAAAAAGUGCAUCAUUUCCAGUUAAGUGUGAAGUGCAGAUUGACCACUUGUCAAAGAAUGAAUUAUGUCACCAAAGUGGUUCUAUGGGUAUUGUCUUACUUUAGAACCCUUGGUUAAAGAAAUAAUCGUAAAGGAAAACAAUGUGGAAAUCUUAGCGGAAAAGGUAUUAAAUAUCACUUUUUUUGGGCACAACUGCUCAUAUCAGAUAAUGCUAUGAAUUCUGGAAAACUGGAGUUCGUGGAAAAGCUUGACUCCUACAAAAAUUGACACACGAGUCAAAGGUUUAUUGGCCAGAUUUCAUCAUUGUUAUGAAGGAAACAAAAUGUGAAGGAAAUGUACAGACUCUUCAAUGGCUCAGAUCGAAAUAACCUUGGUGUGACCCUCACACUACCUUGUCUCUAACAAACAAUGAGGUUCAAAGGGUACACGACUCCUGUUAAAUCACAUGAAUUAUAUAUCACACAAGUGGUCAGAUUGCUGCUGCAGUCAUAUACCAAAUAUUAUUUUGAAAUUUUUGUCCCAGUGUUUGAAGGAAAAAUUUUCAGUAUGAUAUGUAAAUCUGCAGAAUCACAUGACCCACAUCUAUAGAGACUUUCUUCGUAGAAAAAUCCUGGAACUUUUCCAGCAAGAUGUUUCCUCAUUAUUGUAAUCAUAGAUAAUUGUAAUAUGUUUUUGUAAAACUUUAUAUUUUACUUUUAGAAAGCCAGUGAUAAUAUUAAGCCUGUUGACCAUGUUGA